UUCAUAUUUGCCACCGGCUUGCGCACCCUUCUAAGGUGCUUUGAACCCAAAUCAUAAAGAUUUCUAGCGAUUCCGAGCUACAUUUCUACAAAACGAUUUUGAUACAUGUUCCAAUCUCCUGUCCCAGCUCAAGGGUUUUGAUGUUGAUGGAAAUAAUUGGGAAAACAGGUUCCGGGUAUCGCUGGUUGUUUGCUGGUGUAUGAUAUUCUUUGUUUGGGUAUCUGAGAGGGUUGAUUUGGCUGUACAUUUUGAUGGAUAAUGAGGAGAAUGCUACUGGUGAUGGUGAUCAUGGGGAGGCUUUAGGGUAUGCACGUGUUGUGGGUCCCGAAGAAGACAUGGAAGAAGAUGUCGAGGAUGACGAAGAGGAUGAGGAAGAUGAGGAGGUGGAGGAAGACAUUGGGGAUGAGGAAGAGAAUGUUUUGAGUUUUAUAGAUGGGAUUAAUCCUUUAGAUUUUGUGGAAGAUGAUGGUGACCAACUUUAUCAGCGACUUCUGGGGACAGAUUACAAGGCAUUAGCCGAGAGAAAGAGAAAAGCACUUGUGGAUAGCAGGCCCGAAGGUUCAGCUAAGAAGGGCAGGCAAGAGGAUCUUACUGGAGCAAGCAUGGAGGAAAUAAUGGAGGCCAUGAAUUAUGGUAUGCAAAGGUGAUCAAGGAAGAGUAAGAAAAGAGGUAGACGAAAAGGAUCAACGAAGAAACUUACACCCGAGAUUAAUAGAAUGCUUGGUGAAGCUAAUCUUCACUAUGCAUUUGGCCGGUUUGAAGAGGCCGUACCCAUCUUGUCUGAAGUUGUAAAGAAAGCACCAAAUUUGCCUGACUCAUAUCAUACGCUUGGAAUUAUCCAUGAUAAUCUUGGUAAUGAAUUGGAUGCCUUGAAUUGCUACAGAAUUGCUGCAUUUUUAACACCAAGAGAUCCAGCUCUUUGGGAACUAUUUUUUGACCGGUUCAAUAAACAAGGUAACAGUCAUGAUUCUAUUUAUUGCCUUUCAAGAGCAAUAUCAGCAGAUCCUGAAAAUAUGAAUCUGAAAUUUGAUCGUGCUUCACUUUAUGUUAAGCUUGGAGAUUAUCAGAAAGCUGUUGCGUCGUAUGAACAGAUAGUACAAGCAUGUCCUGAUAAUGUUGAAGCACUCAAGACGGGAGCAAUAAUGUAUGAAAGAUGUGGUCAGCAAGAGCGUUCUAUACAGAUUCUGGAGGAUUAUCUCAUAAAUCAUCCAACUGAAGCUGAUCUUAGUGUCGUUAAUCUGCUGGCUUCCAUACUUAUGGAAAAUAAUUCACAUAAGGAAGCCCUUCAGCAUAUCGAGCAUGCACAACUGGUAUUCUGUUCAGAAAAAGAGAUGCCUCUGGCAAUGACAAUUAAAGCAGGAAUAUGCCAUGCUUACCUUGGAAAUAUGGAAAAGGCAAAAAGUAUUUUUAGUGCUCUUGAUGAGAAGAGUGCAGAUAAUGCUGACUUGAUUGCUAAAGUUGCAAAGUCAUAUAUGAGUCUUGGGCAUCAUAGUUCUGUGUUGAAGUAUUAUUUGAUGUUGAAAGGAAAUGUUGAAUUUAAUAACGGCUUUAUAAUUAUGAAAAUCGCUCAAUGUCAUUUGUCCUUGAAUGAUAGAGUACAGGCGAUUUUGUGCUUCUAUGAAGCUUUGAAGACACUUGAAGAUGAUAUUGAGGCCCGAUUAACAUUGGCUUUUAUUCUUGUUGAAGAAGCCAGGGAAGAUGAAGCCAUUUUGUUGCUAUCUCCUCCGAAAAAUCUAGGUCAUAUGGACCACCAAACAGAUAAAUCAGAACCAUGGUGGUGCAAUGGAAAGGUGAAACUGAAGCUUUGCAACAUUUACCGAGCUAAGCGGAUGGCCAAGGAAUUUGUAGAUACAAUCUAUCAUCUCGUACAUGAGUCACUAAGCAUCGAAUCACUUCAGCAAAAGGUGAAAGUGAAAAGAAGGCUCACAAAAACUGUCCUGUUAUAAAGAGUCAAGGUCCUGGAGGAUCACCAAAAACAGAACCUAUUGUGCAUAUCUAGACCAGUAGCUCCUGCUUCAGAUCUGCUGAAAGCUGCAAGAGCGAAGAAGUUGCUUCAGAAGAAGGCAAAAGUAAAGGAAGAUAAGAAAGCUGAGGCAAUGGCUUUUGGAGUUGACUGGCAAAGUGAUGAUUCAGAUGAUGAUCCUCUAGAAGAAAAACAUAAAGAACCUCCCUUGCCAGAUCUUCUCAAGGACAAAGAGCAUAACGGCCUCAUAAUAGACUUAUGUAAGUCAUUGGCUUCCUUGCAAAGAUAUUGCGAAGCAUUGGAGAUAAUAAAUCUUUUUUUGAAAGUAACUCGCAACACAUCUUCUGUUGCGGAGGAACUCCGGUCUCUUGGAGCUCAAAUUGCAUACAACACUCCUGAUCCUGAGCAUGGGGUUAGCUGUGUAAAAUACAUUGUGGACCUGCAUCCAUAUAGAAAUGCUGCCUGGAAAUGCUAUUACAAGGUAAUUAGCAGAUUAGAUGACUGGUAUGCAAGGCAUUACAAGUUUCUACGCAAUAAGAGAGACAAACUCAGAAACUGUGCACCUCCCAGUCUCAUUUCUGGGCAUCAUUUUACUAAAAAAAGCCGUCAUCAAGAUGCUGCGAGGGAAUACCUUGAAGCUGAUAAAUUAUUGCCGGAGAAUCCCCUGAUUAAUCUAUGUGUUGGUACUGCUUUAAUCAACUUAUCCCUUGGACAUAGACUUCAGAAUAGGCACCAGUGUGUUGUACAAGGAUUAGCAUUCCUCCACAACAAUUUGCAGCUUUGUGAAUUCAGCCAGGAGGCUUUCUACAACGUAGCCAGGGCUUACCAUCAGGUCGGCAUUGUGACUCUGGCAGCUUGGCAUUAUGACAAAGUUCUUGCAAUGCAAGUGAAGGAUUACCCCAUGCCAAAGCUUCCGCAUGAAAAGCCAGAGUCUGCUGAAAAUCGAAAACUGGGUUACUGUGACCUUCGAAGAGAAGCAGCUUAUAAUUUGCAUCUCAUCUACAAAAAGAGUGGAGCGGUUGAUCUUGCUCGAACCGUCUUAAGAGAUCACUGCACUUUCUGAAAUUAUGUUCCUGAUCUCAGAUAUUGUGACUGAUGAGAGGGAGGCUUCCUACUCCCUAGUUGAUCUCUCUGGUUCUCAAAUACCUAUUAUUGUUCAUAGCAACGUUCUGUGGCCUAAUCCUCGGAGAAAAGCGAGGGAAACGCUAAAACUAGAAAGGUCGUGAGUGGCACAUGCGAUAUUAAAUUGGACCUUUCAGAAGGUGUAAAACACCACAUGUGUCCUUCACAUUGGGAUAUUCUGUUGGCAUCGGGGAAAACAGAGGAAAGGGAGGCUUUCACCUGAGUGCAUGACCACUCUAAAGUGGUGGUAAGCAUAAUUACUAUUAGAUUAUUUGAAGUUUCAAUAUUUAUGUAGUGGAUAAAUUAAAUCAAACUCAUUCAACCGUAAAGAAUAAGACGAUGAGGAUCACCAUCACUUUAGGGUAGUGAGCAAAAACAUUUCGGCUUUCAUCACUGCACCUCUCCAUUUUUUUCCAGCAAAAAAAAAAAAAAUCAAAGCUCCGA